GCUUAACCUAGCUCAAUCAUAUGUCACAUGCAAUCACAUGGCUGGUUACUAACUCUGAACUAACAAAAUUGUAUUCUAUUGUAUUAUAUGAAAAAGUACUUCCUGAAAUAUUACGUGCUAAUUACAUAAAUAUCAAUGCUUCAAUCGUAUUUAAUUUUAUUAAUAUUGUGCAUCAAAUCAUAAUAUGGUCCCAGGCAUACAGAUUAAUGCAGGAAGUCGAAUGUUACUAAUUCUAAAAGCAAACUGUUAAGAAUUCUCAAUUUAUUAACAUCAACUAUAAAAUAGAUAUAUAAUGGCCAAACGACCAGAGCACUUGGCACCACCUGAAGUUUUUUACAAUGAAGAGGAAGCAAGAAAAUACACACAAAAUUCACGAAUGAUUGACAUUCAAGUGCAGAUGUGUGAACGAGCUAUUGAAUUGCUGUUACUUCCAGAAGAUCAACCAUGCCUUCUUUUAGAUAUCGGUUGUGGAUCUGGAUUAAGUGGCAGCGUUCUUGAAGAUCAAGGACAUUUAUGGGUAGGACUUGAUAUUUCACCAGCCAUGUUAAAUGUAGCUUUAGAAAGAGAAGUAGAAGGAGAUUUGUUAUUAAACGAUAUGGGUCAGGGUGUACCAUUCAAAGCUGGUUGCUUUGACGGAGCUGUUAGUAUUUCUGCUCUACAGUGGUUAUGUAAUGCAGACAAAAAGUCACAUAAUCCUGUAAAAAGGUUACAGCGAUUCUUCACAACCUUAUACGCCAGUCUCUCAAGAUCAGCCAGAGCUGUAUUUCAGUUUUAUCCAGAAAAUGGUGAUCAAAUUGAAUUAGUAACAACUCAUGCUACUAAAGCUGGUUUUUUUGGUGGUGUGGUUGUAGAUUUCCCAAACAGUACAAAGGCCAAAAAAUUUUUCUUAGUUUUAAUGACAGGAGGUUCUCAACCCUUACCAAAGGCUCUGGGUGAAAGUGAUGACAAAACAUCAGUCAAUUAUAUAGCAAGGAGGGAACAAGCAAAAAAGGCAAGAGGAAAAUCGAUUAAAAAAAGUAAAGAUUGGAUUUUGGAAAAGAAAGAGAGAAGACGUAGGCAAGGGAAAGAUGUUAGAGAUAAUUCUAAAUAUACAGGGCGUAAAAGAAGUGGACGCUUCUAAUAUUUUGUGAUAUCAGCACAUUUAAUAUUGUUUAUGUACAGAUUAAAGAUGAAUAUAUCUCACUCAAUCUUACAAAA